AUGACUGAAGUGAAAGAAAAACUCCCGGAGGUGGAGAUUGAGGCUUCCUCAAUCCCGUCUCUCCCAGACAACAAGCUCAAAAAGCACCUCAAGCCCAGACACGUCAAUUUUCUUGCUCUGGGCGGAUCUCUUGGCGUCGGGCUUCUUAUCGGAAGUGGGGGCUCGUUGGCAAUUGCCGGACCUGUCGGGAUGCUGCUCUCGUACAUGAUCAUGGGACUGAUCACCAUGUGCACUCUGUUCUCGCUGGCCGAGAUGUGCUCUUUUCUGGGCAGCGAGGGUAAUUUCGUUGAGAUGGUUUCGCGAUUCGUUGACAAAUCGGCCGGAUUUGCGUACACCUGGUGCUACGCGCUCGGCUACAAUCUGACACUGCCGUCUGAAAUCUCCUCAAUCUGUCUUCUGAUCGGCUACUGGGACACGGAAAAAAAACUGCCCGACUAUGCGAUUGUGCUGAUAUUCACGUUUUUCGUGCUUAUGGUCAACAUCGUGGACGUGGGGGCCUAUGGAGAAGUGGAGUUCUGGAUCACCAUGAUCAAGCUUCUUUUGAUUAUCGGAAGCAUGAUUUUCUGUCUGGUGGCUACCUGCGGUGGCAACCCGUUGCACAAAACCACAGGCUUCCAGUACUGGAGAGAUCCGGGGCCAUUUGUCCAUUAUCUAACAGAUAAGCCUAUUGGGAAGUUUUUGGGUGUUUGGAGAGUGUUCAUCAACGCUGGGUUUGGCUUUCAAGGAACUGAGGUUGUUGCGCUGACAAAUAGCGAGGUGCCAAAUUUCAGAAAAAUGGCCCCGUCCCUGAUGAAGUCGGUGAUUGUGCGGAUUAUCACCUUCAACGUGGUUUCGUUGUUUAUGGUCACUUUGAUGGUUGCAUCCAAUGACGACAAGCUUCUGAGUGCAGUCAACGCGGGGGCAGGAAACGGCGCAGAGUCGCCGUUUGUCAUUGCUGUGGAAAACGCCGGGGUGAAAGUACUCCCCUCUGUAGUCAAUGGCGGCAUUCUCAUUGCUGCCAUGUCUGCGGCCAAUACCCAGAUCUACAUUCCCUCCAGAACAUAUUUCUUUGGCCAAAAAUACGGUUACUGUCCCAAAUUCCUGACAAUCACCAAUAGGAACGGCGUGCCGUACUACUCGGUGAUCUGCAACGCUGCGUUCGGGCUUCUGGCGUUGCUCACUCUCAACAACACCGCAGAGCAGGUCUUCAAUUGGCUCAUGAACCUGACAACCGUGUUUGGAUUUAUUGGCUGGACACUGAUCAAUUACGCGUUCCUCAGGUACUACUAUGCUCUGAAAAAGCAGGGCAUUGAGCGAGACGAGCUUCCGAUCUACAAAUCGCCUCUCCAGCCGUACUCGGCUAUUUUUGCAGCUUCGAUUCUGGUGCUGAUCACGUUCACGCAGGGAUUCACGGCUUUCAUUCCCUGGGAUACGCAGAACUUUUUUGCUGCGUACAUCUCGUUGGUGAUUUUUGUUGUUUUCUGGGUUGGUUACAAAUGUUGCACCAGAAAUUUCAGACAGAUUCCGCUGGAAGAUAUUGAUUUGAGCUAUCCUCAAGACGAAGAGGAGCUGGAGUAUCAUUCCAGAGCAGCAAAAUACAUGGAUAAGGUUUUUGGCUAA